AUGCCCAGCAAGCGUCUUGUGCGGCAUGGUGCUCGGGGCUCGCAGCAGGUGCACAUGAACAAGGUGAAGUUUGAUCCCUAUCGCUUCAAGGUAAAUGACCAGAGGCUCCCACCGGUUGUUUUAGCGUUCAUGACUAGUUUAUGCUGUCGACGCUGCUGCGACAUCUUGCAGUGGAAAGUGGAUUAUGGCAAGUACAUUCCUCUGGAACGUCAGCGGAAGUGUAACUGCUGUCAAGAAAGGACUGUGACCAUCGCUUAUCAUCAUAUCUGCCAGCGGUGCGCGACGGAAAGGGCACGUUGUGCAAAGUGCCAGAAACCCCCGACACUGGGGAAUUCAACGACGGGCACAGAAAAUAGAGGUGAUGACACGAACGCCGAAGGCAACGCUAAUGCAGAUAUCAGGGAGGAGGAAGAAGAAGAAGAGGAUGAGGCUGCAGAAGCCAUGUCGGCAGGAAUGCCAAAAGGCGAGUUGUCAGGUAAAUACGUCUUUGUGGACCAAGAGGACUCGGAUGAGGAGUUCUGGCCACUGCGAGGAUUAGACAUCCGACAGCUGAAGCAGCGGAAGAAGGAAUUAGCAAGGUUGCAAGAAAAGGAUCGUGUUUGUCGCUUGCGUGAACGUGAGCGACGAACAGUACUGCGAGGAGCUUUAAGGGGCCCUGGGGCUGAGGAGGGAGCGGAUGACAGCGACGAGGAAAUCUGA